AUGCAUCGACUUCACACAAACAUUUCUCGCGUAGUUCACGAAGGAAAAACAACUAUAUUAGCCUUUUUAAGUCCAUCUUUACACAAACGAAACAACAUGAACAUAGCGCCUGUGGGACCCGAACCCAGCAGUCUGGUCUGCCCCUCGUGUCACGCCACAAUUGUGUCUAGAGUGGAACGGAAAGCCACGACCCGAACUCACCUGAUAGCUCUUGGCCUCUGCGUGUUUCUAUGCUGGUGCUGCGUCUGCCUGCCCUAUUGCAUGAACUCUUGCCAAAACGCCGAUCACUACUGCCCUAACUGCAACGCUUAUCUCGGGACCUACAGUUCA